CCCUGGGGGAAGGGAGAGCGCAUAUUGCUCUUUGACCGGUAAGGGCUGGGUCAACCUUGAGUGGGGUGCUUCUGUUCCUAUACUCAUUAUCCAGAGUCCUGGUACCUGUGCCAAACCUAGGUAAAAUUUCCGGCCUAACCUGGGCAGUCUAAAGGUUUCCACUGUGAAUGAGUGUUCCAGGUAUCACCGACACCUGGUGCUAUCGGAGUGUGUGUGUGUGUGUGUACUCCAGGGGCCAUGCCCUUGCUUCCGGUUCCGGUCUCUAGUUGUGCGCUGGGAGGGAUAGGGAGAUGCUUCGCGUUGCAGUUUUGCGUCACAGUCACACAAGUGCUGCUGUUGGAACCAUGGCUGGAGUGCCUACAGUCUCCUUCUCUGAACUCCGUUCACUCCUAGCCUCAGGCAGCGCCAGGCUCUUCGACGUUCGCUCUCGGGAGGAGGCGGCAGCUGGUACCAUUCCUGGGGCACUCAACAUCCCUGUGUCCGAGUUGGAAAUCGCCUUGAACAUGGACCCAGCUGCUUUUCAGACUUUGUACUGUGCUGAGAAGCCAAAGCUAGAAGACAAGAAUCUUAUUUUCUUCUGUCAGCUGGGCAGGCGGGGUCUCCAGGCCACACAGCUAGCACAAGGUCUUGGAUACACAGGGGCUCGAAACUAUGCUGGGGCCUAUAAGGAGUGGCUGGAGAAAGAGGGCUAGAUAGAAGGCUUACUGGUUUGUGAUUGUUCUCAGGCCACCUUGCUGGGCUAGGCAAAGCCUUGUAAGUGCUUCAUAUAUGAAAAACUCAAAUAAAAAGUGCACUUAAUGAAGUA